GCGCUGUCCAGGGCGGAUGUGUUUAGCGGUAAACAGUAGAAGUAACGUUAACGUACCAAUCGAAGUUCGAGUCACAAGUCCAAUAACACUAACUUAGUUAAAUUGACCGAUUCCGAAAGAGAACAUAUCCGAAAAGUGAUCCGAUUCAGUUUUGAGUUUUGUUUUUGAACGCGGAAACGGGCCAAGAUGGAAGUGCCAGCGAACAAUUAGUGCAGCCAGACAUAAAGACACUCGCUCAUCGCGCGGAGAGAAGCAGAAACAAAAGGACUGCGGCUAUAAAUUAUAAGCAACGACAACACAUCCACAGCGGAAUACGCAGCGACGACAGCAACAACAAAAAAAAAAAACAGCAGCGGGAAAAAGGGAAAACGUAUGUGCCCGAGAGCUAAUUAAUUAAUUUUGAUACGUAUACAAAGUUCAAAGUGCUACCAGCAAGUGGAACUACAUGACAAUUAGACGAACAGCGGGAGGCGCCAACAGCAGAAGCAGCAAAAGCAGCAGAAACAGCAAAACCAGCCACAAGAUGACAAACUGCCAAAGUUCAGUGUUCGUAGUCGUAGGCACCCUGUUAGCCAUUCUGGCCGCGGCUCAAACGGCACCCGUUUCCACCACCACACAGGCAGAGAUCUACCUCUCCCAGUUCGGAUACCUGCCCGCCUCUGCCCGGAAUCCCGCGAGCAGUGGCCUCCUCGACCAGGAGACCUGGGUGGGCGCCAUCCAGGAGUUCCAGAGCUUCGCCGGCCUGAACAUCACCGGCGAGCUGGACGCGGAGACCCUCAAGACGAUGUCCCUGCCGCGCUGCGGAGUGCGGGAUCGCGUCGGCACUGGCGACAGCCGCUCGAAGCGGUACGCCCUGCAGGGCAGCCGCUGGCGCGUCAAGAACCUCACCUACAAGAUCUCCAAGUACCCCAAGCGCCUGAAGCCCGCCGAUGUGAACGCCGAGAUCGCCCGCGCCUUCGCCGUGUGGUCCGAGGACACCGACCUGACCUUCACCAGGAAGACCUCCGGACCCGUGCACAUCGAGAUCAAAUUCGUGGAGAGCGAGCACGGUGAUGGCGACGCCUUCGACGGACAAGGCGGCACUCUGGCCCACGCCUUCUUCCCCGUUUUCGGCGGAGACGCCCACUUUGACGAUGCGGAGCUGUGGACCAUCGGCUCGCCCAGGGGCACCAACCUGUUCCAGGUGGCUGCCCACGAGUUCGGCCACUCCCUGGGUCUCUCCCACUCCGACCAGAGCUCGGCGCUGAUGAGCGCCUUCUACCGCGGCUUCGAGCCGGUCUUCAAGCUGGACGAGGACGACAAGGCGGCCAUCCAGUCGCUGUACGGCCGGAAGACCAAUCAGCUGAAGCCCACCAACGUGUACCCGGCGCCCACACAGAAGCCAUUCAGCCCGCCGAAGACGCCACUGGACGACUUCAUCUGCAAGGACUCCAAGAUAGACACGCUCUUCAACUCGGCGCAGGGCGAGACGUUCGCCUUCAAGGGCGACAAGUACUACAAGCUGACCACCGACUCCGUGGAGGAGGGCUACCCGCAGCUCAUCUCCAAGGGCUGGCCGGGAUUGCCCGGCAACAUCGAUGCGGCGUUCACGUACAAGAACGGCAAGACGUACUUCUUCAAGGGCACCCAGUACUGGCGCUACCAGGGCCGCCAGAUGGACGGCGUCUACCCGAAGGAGAUCAGCGAAGGAUUCACCGGCAUCCCCGACCACCUGGACGCCGCGAUGGUCUGGGGCGGCAACGGCAAGAUCUACUUCUUCAAGGGCAGCAAGUUCUGGCGCUUCGACCCGGCCAAGAGGCCCCCGGUGAAGGCCAGCUACCCCAAGCCGAUUUCCAACUGGGAGGGAGUGCCCAACAACCUGGACGCUGCUCUGAGGUACACCAAUGGGUACACGUACUUCUUCAAGGGCGACAAGUACUACCGGUUCCACGAUGCCCGGUUUGCUGUGGACUCGGCCACGCCCCCCUUUCCCAGACCCACCGCCCACUGGUGGUUCGGCUGCAAGAACACGCCCUCUUCCACAGGUAAUUUCGUCGAGGGUUCGGAGAACGAGUUCGAACAGCACUCGAUGAUCCCGCACGCCGACGAUGGUAAUGGUGACGACUUCGACGCAGCCGUGGGAGACCACCAGUCGAACGACGAGCCUGCUGUACCAGAAGUUGCCGAGCGAACCGGAAAUGGAGCCUUGUCGCAAUCGAAACUUACAAGCAGCUCCGCGGUUGGCACUGUGAUCACCACCAUCCUGAUGUGCCUCGUCUCCAAACUUAUCGUUAGCUAAAAGAGCCUCUGAUCCCAGCGAUCUAUCUAUUGGCAGUGCAUUUCGUGAAAAUAGGAACAAAGCUAACAACUUGAGUAAAGUUUAUGAAAUUUUACCGCCAGUUGAAAUUCAAAUGCGUAACAUCAUAUCGAAUACGAUGAGAGGAAAUCCAAGCAAAAUAAAAACAAAAAUACAAAUUGAAAUCGAACAGAAUAUCAAUUGUAAAUUGAGCGAUCAGCAUGUGAAACAGGUGCCUUAUCAAAUACUUUUGUUGUUGUGUAAAUAAAAUCAGCCUUAAAUAUAAAGAAAUAGUUUAUAACAUUCCGCAUUCUAACGACAAAACCGAUCAGAAGUCAUAGCAGAAAUUCUUUAUGUAGUCAACUGUUUUGGUAAUGACAAAUUGCGAUAUUAAAUUUAACGAGCCAUAUGCAAUAAAUUGGAGAGAACCAAACAGAAGUUAAAUACUGAACAUUGAACGUACUUUAGUUUAGAAAUAAUUGUUAAUGUGUGCACAUGGGACAUGAACUUCCGAGUUCCUACAGCCGUGCAACGAUUUCGCUACUGUAAAUGUUUUAAGUUUUGUGAACGAUAAUUGACUUGACCACGUAUAAACUAAUAUAAAAUCAUCAGCGAGUACAUAUGAUUAUUAUAUAAGUGAUAUUUAAGACAGUCCCUUAAGCGAUAUUUGUU